AUGUGCUCCAACCAUCGUCUCGCUUUUGAUGCCUAUAAGUUCUUCAUACGUUUCUAUCCCGAUACUCGCAAGUUUGUUUUUGUCAACUUUUCCGAUAGCUCUAAUUAUCAACAGUUCCAUGGUAAAGCAAUUGCUCUUGACAUUAGGGAUCGCCACGCACCCUUCCCUUCUCUAUUCCUCAUCCAUGAGAUGCGCGUCCGGGGAUUCUAUCCCUUCCAACCCACCGCUCCGGCCGUGCCCAAUGAUAUCGCUUGGCAAGACUGGGUCACGUCGGAAGGCGUGUUCGACAAUGACACAGGUACUUUCAAACGUGAUCGCCCGCUAGACGAUGUAUCUAGGCAACCACGGCUGUCGUUUCAGCCUACGAUGACGAGCGCUGAUGAUGCUCCUUCCGGCUCUGGUGGAUGUACGCUAGCGUUGAACGCAGAUGUCGUUUCUGAUAUCCUUUCCGCGACACAUGCGAUGCCGUCGUGGAGGGCAUGUCAGAUGGACGGCACGAGCUGGAGUGGGACGGCAGAGGAAAACAUACAGCAGUAUGUUUCCACUAUUACCCCUGUAGGCCGAACUGGAAGUGGGGCUCUUAAUCAUUCUUGA